AUGGCGCUGACAAAUAAAUAUAAUGCUGUCUCAGAAACUGGCGUUAGGACUGAAAAGCAGUUGCAUGCCUUAUAUGAUAAUAUAAAGAAAAAAGCGAGAAAAAAUUUGAGCGAUGACAAGUCCGAGAUGUACAAAACAGGAGGUGGAACAUUUUGCCCCAAGACAACCAUAGUUGAUGAGAAAAUUGUGGCUUUAUUAACUCCUCAAUUUAAACCAUUACCAAAUGAAUUAGACUCAUCAGCACCUUAUUACAACUUAGAUAUUGAAACACAAGUAGUAAGUGAAGAUGCACAAGUUGGUACUCCUCAAGAUAUAUUUGUAGUAUUGGAUGCAAAAGAAGAUUCGGUGUGUGACAUCCAAUCAACAUCUAAAGAAGUUGAAUGUCGCAAAAGACCAAUUUUACCAGUUGGGAAUGUCUUUCAGGACGUUGAAAGCACACCAAAAUUAAAAAAAAAAUGGUUAACUGAAACAAAAAAAAGAAAUAUAAAUAAUCUCAGUGCUUCAAUAAUUAAAAGGAAAAAUCUAAAACAAAUGAAUGAAGAUGCCAUAACAACUGAAAGGUUGAAAAUAUUGGAAAUUCAACGGCAACAAGAACUUAUAAAAUUAGAAAAAACUAAAAUUUUACUAGAUAUUGAUAUUGAGUUAAAGAGAACUCUUUUAGAAAAUGCAAAAAUGGACCUGGAAUAUAAAGAGAAGAAUUUUAGUUUAUGA